AUGGGGUCCUCUUUGCGAGCGGCGAUUAUCGUCGCCUUCUGUUUGUCGCAGAUCGUGUCUGCAGCGCCAGUCGCUGAUGCUGCCCUCAACGAGCUAAACUCGCGCGCCGACGCUUCAUGCUCCAUCGCAGAUCGCUUGUUAAUUGUACUCCUUCUCAUCUAUCACGGUGACCACAUCACCGGUACGCUUCUCCCAAGUACGGACGCAACCGAGGCCCAACGUGGCUCCCUCGAGCAGCGAAUCCAUGUGGCAGAGGCUGCUGAAGCGACCAAGUACGGUGUCUACCAAGCCCGCAUUGGGCUUCUUCAGCGAGUUCGCACCGUCGCGAUACAAAACAUGGUCGUUGCUAAACAGGCUCAGCUGCAAGAUAGACGCACCCGAUUGCGAGCGGCCAGGCUCCAAGAAGCGCAGGCCGGCCGGAGGGUCACCGAGGCACAAACCUUGCCCCCUGCGCAUGUCAACAAGCAGGUUCCUAUAUUACCGUUCAACAUGCGCUCCGCCAACCCGGGUGCUCUGAAAAUGUGGCACACAAUGCACGAAGCAGCUGGCGCGCACCACUAUCACGCUCAGUCAGCACGGAAGCUUGUGCAGGCCGUUAACGAUCUCAAUAACCUUCUGGCUCAGCCCCAGAUCGACAAGAAUCGCCUCCACGAGCUGACUGUGAGGCUCAGAGAGGCCAGGAUCGAGGAGCAGACGGCGGACCGCUUUCAUUCAGACAAGAUGCUGUCGCGGCGUUGGAGAUGCAACAGAAUGGCCGCCUCAGCGUUGGGGAGCAAGAUCACGGUCCCCCACCUCCAGAGCCCUGCCCGGCGCCGCCCUCUACGCCUCCUGUCCAGCAUCAGCAUCAGCCUCCUGUGUACAGGCCCCCUUUUCUACAGCCCCAUGUGA